AUGAGCAAGCUGGGCCCAGAGUUCGUCGAUAUCACUUGGAACGCCGGUGGACGUACGUCCGAUAUGACGACACAGCUUGUAAAGACGGUGCAAACCUACUUUGGUGUCGAGACAUGCAUGCACCUUACAUGCACCAAUAUGCCACGCAGCAAGAUUGAAGUGGCUCUACGUGAGGCCAAAGAAUUCGGAUGCCGCAACGUGCUGGCCCUGCGUGGUGAUCCACCGGCCGCAGGAAGUCCCUGGGAACCGCAUGCAGCCGGCUUCUCGCAUGCCUUUGAGCUUGUCCAGUACAUCCGCGAGCACUACGGCGACUACUUCUCGAUUGCCGUCGCUGGCUUUCCGGAAGGACACCCCGAAGCCGUGGGCGGGCCUGAGCUGGAAAUGCAACAUCUGAAACAGAAGAUCGACGCAGGCGCCGACUUCAUCUUUACGCAAAUGUUCUACGACUUGGAUGCCUUUGUCAACUGGACACGUCGCUUCUUCCACGAUGCUUUGGACCCUGUAAAGGAGGAUGACGAGCAGGUGCGCAUCGUCGGCACACGCCUCGUUGGCGACAUGUGCAAGAAGAUCCUCGAGCAUCCAGACCUCGAUAUCCAUGGUGUGCACAUCUACACGAUGAACCUAGAACGCGGUAGCCGCAUGCUGCUUGAGUAUCUAGGCCUCACGCCCAGUGUGCAGCAGCUGCACCCGCUUCCAUGGCGCCCGAGUCUGACGCCCAAGCGCCGGGAAGAAAACAUCCGCCCGAUCUUCUGGGCCAAUCGGGCCAAGAGCUACAUCGACCGCACGGAUGCGUGGGACGAGUUCCCCAAUGGCCGCUGGGGCGAUGCGCGCUCACCGGCGUAUGGCGAUGCCGAUGUAUUUGGGCCAUACCUCCGCCAGACGAAGGAGGAGGCGCUAGACCUCUGGGGCUCGCCAACGACGAUCCAGGACCUCCAGUCUCUCUUUGCCCGCUUCUGUACGGGUGAGCUCGCAUGUCUGCCUUGGAGCGACGCACCGCUUGCGAAAGAGACAUCAGUGAUCAACGAGCCGCUUCGUGCACUCAAUGAGCGCGGUUUCUUCACCAUCAACUCCCAGCCGGCCGUCGAUGGCGCGCGUAGCGAUGAUCCCGUACACGGCUGGGGCCCCAAGCACGGAUACGUGUACCAAAAAGCAUACCUUGAGUUCUUCGUCUCACCGCAGCAGCUAGACGAGCUGAUCGCACGCUUCGACGCGCACCCUCAAAUCACAUAUCACGCCGUGAAUGCCCAGGGAGACAUGCGCACAAACACGACGUCAGAUGCGCCAAACGCCGUCACUUGGGGCUGCUUCCCACAUUGCGAGAUUCUGCAACCGACCAUCGUCGAGAGUAUGUCCUUCCUUGCAUGGAAAGAUGAGGCGUAUGAGAUUGGCCGGCGCUGGGCCGCCUUUUAUGAGCCCGAGUCGCCAACACGCCGCUUGCUGGAGCAUGUGUUUGACACAUAUUUCCUUGUGAAUGUCGUCCACAAUGACUUCAAGCAGCCCAACGCCAUCUUUGAGCCAUUCCUCGCUGCCUCAUUUGGCACGCGUUAA